GUCUUCUGUAAAACAUUCGGUAUAUUUAUUAUUAUUUAUUGUAGUUACUGAUACCUUGACAAAAACAGGAAAUUAUUUUGAAUGAAAUUGAAGCUAACGAAUAACUCCGGAUAAGUAUGAUGAUAAAUGAAUUUAUAUUAAAUCCUUGAUUAAAAUAACAAUAUGAGAGAAUAUAUAGAAUAUUUUUUCUCUUAUAAAGAAUGCAUUAACUGUCGUGAAGUGUAUAACUAGGUUGAUCUUAUAUCACCUAUAUGGGAUAUGUACGUCUUAUCAACGUCUUAUCAAAGCUAACAGAAACUUAUAAUUCAUGCGUGUAUUUAAACGAAAUAAAUGUGGAACUUUACAGACAGUGAAGCAAUGAACGUAACAUUGUGCUUGCCAUGGAAUGCUACGGAAAAUGUGACUACGGGUGCCGAUAAAGAGGCAGAGUGUGGAAACGAAACCGAGGACGUCGUGUCGGAGUAUCUCUGGAAAAUUUUUCCGCCCAUUUUGGUUUUGACUGGAUUGACUGGAAACUGUUUGACAAUCAUAGUUAUCAAAAGACUUGGAUUUGGGAAACAACCCACAUUGACGUUUCUUCUCUGUCUGGCAAUAAGUGAUAUUGUUGUCUUAUGUACGGGGCUGCCUCGGUACUGGAUUCUCUACGUGUUUGACUAUGAUCUCAAAACGGCAAGUAAUGCUAACUGCAAACUGUACUAUUUCUUUCUGUAUAUGACAAUGCAAUACUCUUCGUGGAUUCUUGUCGGUGUCACAGUGGAAAGACUAGUUAAGUAUUAUUUUCCACUGAAAUACAGAACGAUAUACCGUUACAGAAAAGUUGUUAUAAUCGAACUCCUCGUAAUUCUGUUUAUUUUGAUUUUAGUCAAUGGACAUUUCUUUUUUACAAAUGGUAUUAAUGACUUCACGGAGGGUGACUGUAGUUCCCUUAAUCCUGACUUUCAUUAUUUCGACGAGAACGUGUUUACGUUCAUUGAUUUUUCUAUUCUCAGCGUUAUUCCCUUUUUGAUUAUGCUGGUAUGUAACAUUCUACUCGUAAAAGUCCUCAGAAAAAUACAACGGGACCGCGUCUCUAUGAUGCAUAAAUCCGUUUAUAGAAGAACUAGCCGUUUUAGUGUCAAAAUGACGAAAAUGUUAGUUGUUUGUACAUUCUAUUUCUUAAUUGCCACAGCACCGAUCUCAGUUUAUUUUAUAUUGGACACUUACCUGUCACCCGUGUAUGAAAGCAACAACAACUGUACGGCAAUAUCAAGAAUGGAUCUAUUAUGGAGUAUCACCUACCUACUUCAGUAUUCUAACUCUUGCAUAAAUUUCUACCUGUAUACUGCUAUGAACCGCAAAUUUGGUAAAGAACUGAAAGCUUUGCUACACUGCCGUCGGAGUUUACGUAUGAUGAAAGUAUACUCCACACAGCGACAAGGUAGCAGCGGUCGAAAUCUAGCGUCAUCAGUGAAGUCUACAAGUGUUGGUUUGGAUAACUCCGUAUCUGAUGAAAAUCAUGUCUAAAAAUAUAGAAAUAUAUAAAUAUUGACAGUCUGUCCAAAUAUACCCGUUUUAUACGAAAUAAAUCUCGAGUUUGAUAGUAUUUUCAACAGUUAAUGUUCUUGGAGCGAUUUUCUAACUGUGUUCCGUUAGUUGUCACAAGUUCUUUGACAAUAUUCUAUCAAUUGUGUGACAGCCUGAGGCUAGGAAACUUCCUAUAAAUGAGUCAAAAGCUACUACUUAUAGGAAAACGUAAAAAUGGGAUUAUUCUUGAUAAAUUUGUUCGGAAGUCAAUAAAUUCAAAGCUACAUUUGCAACCACAGAAUUUGUUAUUCAUAUUAGGAUUUUCAGACUGUACAUUUACAGUAUUUUACAAAUGUUAAAGGCCUGUAUUUUUGUUCGCAUUACAAUCACUGUUGUUUCAAAUUUACACAUAUAGCUUUUUCAUGACAACACUAACUUAACGGUUGUAGAUUUCAUUUUACAGCUGUAAUUUUCUGCCAUUCUAUAUUAUACUGGGUGGAAACCAGUUUCGGGACAGGACCAGUUUCCGAAACAUGUAAUAUCCGCAUUAUUUCGUUGUUAUUCGUGUUAUUGUUUCAUUUAAAUCAUUUAGGAGUUUGUUCUACAUGACUACAACCAACCACUACAUUACAAAAUUUUUUAUGUUAGUUUUUAUGAUGAUUACUCACCUGUGUUUACAGAACAACUUUCUGUCUUAACGGGGCAUGAAGAUAGCAUUGCGCAUGUGCAGUAGUUAACACUUGACGAGGUAUCGAGUAGGGAAGAAAUAAUUAAACUUCAUAUUGAUUGUCCGCUGAUAACAUGUGCUACUUAUAAUUUCACGGUAAUAGUUACACUAGCAUAGUGCACUUAUCUUAUUCUAUAUGUAUUGGAAUUAUCAAGAAUUCGCAUGAGAAGAAAUUCGAGAUUUUUAUUGUCAACUUCGGUUUGCUACUGAACGUCAGGUUAUGUUUCAUGUGCAUUUUUGAAGUGAUGAAUGAUAAAGAAAUGUGUACAAUUAGUUUAAUUACUUAUUUCGGUAUCAAAUUAACUGCAAAAUAUUGUCAAAUAUUUGUCCGGAUACUGGUUUACCUUACAAGGAAAAUAUCUUCUUUUAGUGACCCCAUUUGAGGCUCCAUAGAACCAAUGUUUUACGUCACAACGCGAUGCUGAUUACAACAUCGGAAGCGGAAGUAGCUUAAGUUUGUGCAGUGUGGGCUUCAUUUAUGUCAAAUAUUAUUUUUAGGGAAUAAUGGAGCUAAAAUAUGAAAAUGUGUCCGGAAAAUGGUUCCAAACCAGUAUAGCUAUUAUUUUUAGGUUUCAAUGUUUUACAUCUGUAAGCUUCAACUGUAUUUCCGCCCGCGUUUUUAGUUCAUGUUAUUGUCAAAUACAGUUCUUUUUCAUAUCCGCAUGUUCUGUUUUCGUACUAAUAGUAUUUGCUUUGGCCUUGAUGAAUAAUCAUUUAACAAAUAAAAGAAUAAUCUUAGAAGAACAUGCCCUUAC